CUUCAACAGCGGAAGUCGGCGAGUUGGCAUUUAAAGGGGUUUUAAAAGCACGUAAAAGUGACCCAACAACACGAUAACAUGGCUGCAUCAGCCCUACUUUGCAAAUUUCGAGUGGCUGGAGUUUGUCAGAAGUGGUCUUCCUCCCGUGCGUUCACGUGCCGUGUAGUUGUCAAUCAGCUGCAGCGAGGACAGGGUGCCGCAGGUCUGGCCGGCCAAGUAGACCGGUUUGGGGGAGUAACGGUGGACCUGGCGGCCGUUGGUCUACCAGAGGACAUUAGCGAAAGUGCUUUUGCUGACUUAUUGACAGACUCGUUGGCCCGAUGGAAAUCGGAAGGUAAGGUUGCCGUGUGGCUGCGAGUCCCCAUCGCGAUGAGCCGGUGCGCAGCCGCGGCCUCCGCCCAUGGCUUCACCUUCCACCACGCACAGGAGCACCACGCUGUGCUCUCCCUCUGGAUGGGUGUGGGAGAAAGCAGGUUGCCUCACUUUGCUACUCACCAAAUUGGAGUGGCGGGCGCAGUGGUUGACGAGUCCAACGGAAAGGUUCUGGUGGUGCAAGACAAGAACAAGACAAAAAAUGCCUGGAAGUUCCCCGGCGGGCUAUCGGAUCCCGGAGAGAAUAUCGGAGUGACGGCGGUGCGGGAAGUUUUGGAGGAAACGGGCAUCCGCUCCGAAUUCCGAUCCCUGCUGAGCAUUCGUCAGCAGCACAACCACCCGGGGGCUUUUGGCAUGUCCGACAUGUACGUCAUCUGCCGCCUCAGCCCGCUCAGCUACGACAUCCAUUUCUGCAGGCACGAGUGCGAGCGUUGCGAAUGGUUUAGCCUCGCCGAGCUGGCGCGUACCACCGACACUACGCCCAUUACGUCCCGUGUGGCAAAGGUGCUGCUGCACGGGCUGAAGCACGGCUUUGAGCGCAUCGACCUCAGCAUGGAGGAGCUCCCCGCCGUCUACUCGGGGAUGUUUUACCAGCUCUACCAUCGACGGAUUCCUUCACCUUAACGAACAAUGUGAAGACUGGGACUGGACCUUAUGUUCUCGGUACUAUUUAAUAUAAUUAAACCACCUCUAUUGCGGACUACAAGUACUGUUAAUUCAAUUUUUCCGGUUUUAUUUUUGAGACGAUACAGGUUGGGAACAGUGCAUUUGACAACCAAUCGUACCUCAGCUUUCUGACAAACAGCCCAAUCCGACUGUCACCCCAACUCGGCAACUAUCACCUUCCCUGUGCAUUAAGAUUUUUUAAACUGAAGUCCUCUUGUUUUAGGAUUAAUCAAGUCUUGGAUGGGAUGCUGGUUGUAUAUGACUGCCACACCAAUACAUAUAUGUAGAAAUGUGAUAUUUCAAUAAUGGUGGAAUGGGCACUGCAAAUUGAGUCCUAGGAAAAAAGUGAUCUUAAUGUUGAGGAGAAAAAAUUGCCAAUUUCGGCUCUAAAAAUCUGAUCAUAAGUGCCUUCAAAUUUGAGUGAGACAGUCUUAAUACAUUAUUUCUCAACCUAUUUCUUUGACCAUUUGUUUUUUGUGACCUUGGGAAACCACUUUUCCGCUCAACUGACAGCAAAGAUCUCCACCACUAAGUUCAUCCAUCUAUUUUCUGAACAGCUUCUCCUCACGAGGGUCGCGGGCCCAUUAAGUUCAUACAGUACAAAAUUCUGAAAGGCUUUCCAAGUUGACGUGUCAAAAUUACUGUGACAUUGCAAAUGGCGUCACUUGUUCUUGAAUGGCACACAGGCGCAAAAUCUGGAAAGAAUCCCAAAAAAUGUGUGGCUCCUAUUGAACGCAAAAAUCCAACAGCAGAUUCUCCCGGCUCUAAUCUCCAAUAUUUCAGACCUACCUCCAAGAAUCAUAUUUGCCGAGUAGGAACCAGUAUGUCCUACCUCUGUGGAUCAGAAGCUAAAGUCCUUAGCUUCUACUGUUGCAUUAUUACAAACAGGCAAACUACAGCAUCUACAUUGAUACUUAAUUGAACCAUUUUCACGCCACUUGUUUUGCAUUGAUUUCGUUCUGCUCCAGUGAAGCACAAAUGUAUUAAAACGCCUCAGGAAGAUGCAUCAAGUGUUAGAAUACGUGCUUGAAGUUUCAUUUAAAGUGUGUGAGAUGCCCUCUCCAAGACACCUUGUGUUGAAAGGUUUAGCUUAAAAAAACAUCACAUAAUAUGAAGGUAUAUUAACAAAUCCUCCUUCACCUGGGACCCUGAUCUCUUCAUGCCAAGUUGGGAUUGUUGGAGGAAAAAAAACAAAACAAGGAUGGAUGUAACAGUUGUAAAAUGAUCACAGCAACUUCUUUCCGACAGUGGCGACAUACCUUCACCGCCACCGCACCUUAAGACAUGAACAUGACUCCGGCUCGUCCCAAGUUAGCUCUUGCCGGACAUCGGGAGGAAGAGGAUGGCCUUCUGACCCGGUCCAGUUUUACUUCCAGACUUAUACUGGCCGGUCCGCUUCAGUGCCACAUACAUGGUGGGGUACUUCCUGGAGCGGUACGUGUUGUAGUUGUUGCUCUCAA